AUGUUUUGGCAUGUAAUCGGCGUGGCGAAAUGCAGCUGGAUUGAUGAGCGUGAACAACGAUCGUCGCGGAAAUCCACAGGAACGACGGGAAUGGAUCUCCAACCUGUUUGUGGAUUUGUUUGCUCUGAAGAAGGCGAUGAUGCCGAAACGUUAGCCAGAAUAAAGAUCGAUAACAAUCUUGGUUCUGCUCAAAAAAUACCACACAAUGCAAUUCCACGACGCGAAGAUUCAAAGAAGCUCGAGCUUGGCAUCUAG